CACAGAUAACUUGAGGAGGUGAAGCUCAAUUCCAGACAAACUGCUCUGAAAUCAGCUCCACGAAAGUAAGAUCAUCUUUCAACCAUGGUUUGUGCACAUAUGCUCACUAAAUUUCCUUUUCUGUUCCUGUUGUCCUUUGGAGUCUCCCAUGUUGAAAAUAAGGAUCUGGACCAAAAUACACUGGUUUCUGUGAUCCAGUUCUUUCACAAGAACUAUGAUCCAGAUUCUCAGUACGCUAUUGCCAUUAAUGUUCCUAAAGAACAAUGUGCUGGCUACGUCGACAACAACUUCCUCACGAAAUAUCCUGCAGACAAUGUCAAGAAUGGCAUGAACAGUGAUGACAGACUGUAUACAGCUGACGAGUUGAUCGCUGCCCGCCCAAAGAAGAAAAAGAAGUUUAACAUCCACUCAGAAUCCAUCUUGUUGAGAAUUCCAGACAGUCAAGGCAUGGUGCCCAUGAAACGACUCCUGGAUAGAUAUUCAUCUGGCUGUGUGGUGUUCUACACCUACAACUCCCCAUGUGUCCAGACCUGCACUGAUCCUGUUGGCAAUUACAGCAUUCUCCCAGCCCUGCAGCAGCUUUUCCAGAACUACAACGGACCCAAGGCCUUCGUCUUUACAGAUAUAUUUCGUAAUGACACACAAAAGCCUCAGUUUGCAGAGCAGCUUAAGCUUGUUGAUGACCGCAUUCCCCUUUACCGUUGUAUAAAAGGUAAACAAGGACAAAUAACUGAAUGCUUUGUGUGCAGAGACAGCAAUAGAGACAUAGUUGAGAAAUGCCUGAAGUAGCAUAAGGAAGGUGAACCCAGUCUUAGCCAUGGGCCCAUCAUAAAUACAGAGUUAAUUGUGAGCUAGCUUUAGGUAAAGCACUAUCUCUGAUGUUAGUCAUAUUCACUGAUAUCAAGCUUGUGUAUAUGCAUAGCUCAAAUAUACACCAUUAGCAAUACUUUAAAUUAGUGCUGUCAAAAAUGUCGCAUUAUUAACGCGUUAACUUGACUCAAUUUUAACGGCGAUAAUUUUUUUAUCGCGAGAUUAACGCUCUGUGACAUGAUGCCAUGCCCCGCACAGCCAGAGUCCUCUGCCCUCCCCCGAAGCGCCACGGUGCUCGGCUUAAGUUUUUCGUUUUCCCAUCGGCGGCUCCAGCCCCACUUUGCAGUGGCUGUGACAAGACGUGUUAUGCUCUGCAAUAAAAAAAAAAAACAUUGGUACAACCAGUGUUCGAACUAUGCCGAUAUUUUCGGGGGGUCCCUUAUUUUCCCUUGGGGGGGGAGGGGGUGCUUGCGCUUGUGUCAGAGCGCGGCUCUCCAUCGCGCGCUCACUUCGGAUAUGCAAAUGCUUCCCGUUACACACGAUUGCUAUGUCAAUAAACAUCAUUUUGCCAAUAUUUUAGAGACCCCCCCCCAACAUUUCCCAAAUCAUGUUUUCAAGGGAUCUCAUGUCUGUUUUAGAGGAUCUCGGAUCCCCCGUGUACCCCCGUAGUUCGAACGGUGAGCAAGCCCAUUCACUUUUUUAUGCUGAUAAGAGAAUUAUAAUGGUUUUUCAUGUGACAAAAAUGUGCGAUUAAAUUGCGAUUAAUCGCGAGUUAACUAUGACAGUCACGACAUUAAUCGCGAUUAAAUAUUUUAAUCGCUUGACAGCACUGCUUUAAAUACAUCAUGGAUUAUUCUGACCAAAGUAACAAGUGCACCAUCUUGUGGAAGCCCUGUCAGUCAUUUGUUUCUGUGAUACUUUGUUUUGAUGUCAACUAUGAUCUUGAAAUUUCACCAACAUAAUAAAGCAUAGAAAGAUUCA